AUGGCGUCUAUCGCGCAGCUGAUAGGGUGGGACAGCCGGACACACUCUGCACAGCACGCUCUCGCUCACCUCGACACGCUCGACCCAGACAACUACCCGGCUUAUGCGGCGGACGCGCGGGGCUUGAGCGACAUCCGGACAGCCUACGCAGACGAGCUCGCUCGCACGGAGGAGCACGAGAAGGAGCAGGACAGGGCGUUCCUCGAGCGGGCGCGGGAGUUUGUCGAACUGAAUGAGCAGGUCGAGACGAGCACACAGCUCUUGACGGAACUCUCGGCGUUUCUCUCGACUUUCCAGCACGACUUGUCCGCUGUUUCCGGCCACAUCUCGGAGCUGCAGGGCCGAAGCAAGACGAUCGAGGCGCGACUAGAGGCGCGGAAGGCCGUUGAGCGAUCCCUCCAUCCCUUCGUCUCUUCCAUUGCCAUCUCGCCCUCCCUCAUCACGACUGUCCUCGAGACCGAUGUCAUCGCCGAGACCUGGAUCCCCGCUGUGCAGGAGCUGGACGCCAAACUCGGCGCAAUUCGCGGCGGUGCACGAGUAGACAGCCGGAAGAGUCUGGACGAGGCGGCUGAGGCUUUGCGAGUCGCGGCAUCGAGCAAGAUCCUCGCCCACCUAGUCUCGCUCCUCAAGCCGUACACGACCUCCGUCCAGCCUUCUCUCCCAUCCCUCCACACGACCCUUCUCCGCCUCAAACCCCUCUUCGACUUUCUCCGCCGACACGCAGCCCGCCAAGCACACGAGUUCCAGAAAGCUUACGUGCAGACGACGAGGUGGUUCUACGAGACUGGGUUUAGGCGGUACGUGAGGGCGUUGGAGGGAGUGAGGACUAGCAAGGCGGCGAUUUCAGCGGCGACGAACGAGCCGAUAGGAAGCGUGUCGUCGAGUGCGGAUGCGUUAGCCCUGCUCAAUCAGCGGAGAACGGCACCUUCUUCCUCGUCUACCUCGCUAGUCCAGCGGACACCGACAUCGGUCGCGCUCGAGAAUGCCCAGGUCGAAGGACCGCCCAUUAUCGCCGCUCACAUGGUCAACGAUCGCAACCUUCACCCUUCGCCCGAAUCGCUCUUCCGCUCCAUCUCCCUCGUGCUCGCAUCGAACGCCUCAUCCGAACACGCCUUCCUCGCCUCCUUCUUCGGCCAUCACUCCACUCUCGACUUGCGAUCAGCUAUGUCGCGCGCCGGCACGCAAGCGAGCGAACGGACACUGCGGCGGAGCACGACGAGCGGGAGUCUGGCGUCCGCUACUUCCGCGGCGCUGCCGCAAGGCGCGGAAGGGGAGUACAAUCGAGGAGAAACGCCGUCGGUGGCGGGAAGUCUGGCGACGGCUGCGAGUCGUGACCGACAGCAAGACGAGAAGGCGCAGCGGGCAACGGUUGAUGCGCUUUGGAAGGGCGUGAUGGAUCCCGCUCUCGAAUACAGCAGGAACUUCGUCAAUGCCAUCCUCGACCCGACACCUCCCUCGCCCAUCUCGCUCUUCUCCAUGAUCCGCCUCAAUGACCUCCUCCUCUCGCUUCUCGUUCCUGCGUCAUCAUCUACGCCGGAUACGCCUGCAGACUCCUCCCAACCGCCCUUCCCGCCCUGUCCGUCAAUCGAGCCGCACCUCAUCGCUAUCCGAAUGCAGCUCUGGCCAUCCUUCGCCAAAGUCAUGUCGCACCAAGUCGACUCUCUCCGACGAAUUAACGGUUCGAACACAGCCGCAACCGGGGUAGGCGGCAUGUUGAGUCGAGCGACGGGCGGCGGAGGAGCAACUGUCAAGGAUUCGGUGGUCAAGGUCAUCAUCGGGCGGUACUGCGAGAUGUUCAAUGCGUUCGUGGCGCUUGUAAGCGUCGGACACGAAGGUGAGGGCGCGGCAGGGACGGAGAGCGACGACGAGAUGGCGUUCUCGAGCCUGCUUCGCGUCCGCCAAGAGCUCGACAAGCUGCUCUCGCAUCAAGCCUCGAAAAUGCCCGAUCCCGUCAAACAGCGCGCCUUUCUCCGAGCGCACUACGAGGAAGUCUUGCAGGGUCUCAGCGCGGGCAUGUCGAGCCAUUCGCGGACGCAGGCGGAGGUCGCGCACUACCGCGAGUUGGCGCGUAAGGCUACGUAG